AUGACACCCAACUCUGUGAUCUCGUGCGUCAACCAUUCUAUCCAUUACAAGCGCAUUCCCAGCGAAUGUUCGCCUGAUCUAGCACCAACUGCCGGUCUCGCAUUGAUCGCAGGUGCACUUUCGCUCUGGUGGAAUCCAAAGCUGCGCAUGAAGAUAGACGGAAUGCCUGGUAAAUUCAGUGGUCUUGCAGAGUACUACGAAGCCCAACUUAUCGUCAUGGUGGUACGGUGUGUUUUCUGGGCGGUGGUCAAGGAUCCAUCUGCCAGUGGGUUAGAACCAAAACGCGUCCCAGCCUUCCAUGGUGUGAUGAUGCUUUUCACUAUUAUCUCGGUUUUGUUCUCCCGACAUAUUGUCAGCUACUCUAGCCGUCCACUCGUCAAUUGGUCUGAUAACAGCUGGGAAACCCAAUUCGAAUGUUCUAACACGUCUUCUUCUGCGCUUCCUGAGUCACCUGUGUCGACACGAAUCACAAGAUCUGGCGGAACACCGAAGGCGAGCAUGGGUGGAUUGCAGCAGCGCUUUCCGAUUGACAAAUUGGCUCAACCUCAACCACGGUCACCCGUUGAGCAGUCGCACACGUUCACCUCAAAUCUUACAGAUAAUGAUGGCAUGGACUGGUCCCCUUCUAUUACUCAUAACCUUCGACCGACUGUGACGCGGCGAGAUCAGCCGUCUGUGCUCGACGGUCCUCAUCCAUUUCAGGGGCAGAUCCCAGCAGCCCCGAUGCCUCCUGCAUGGAAGCUUCGCACUCAGACUUCGACAAAGCCCAUUGAGCAAGUGAUCCAGCCUAAUCCGUUCCACCGCAGUCCUGCACAACAGCAAGGGCAAUGGCAGCAAAAGCGUGCCGAUGCUGAACCAGUGUUCAAGGACCCAAAAUUCUUUCCCCCUGGUGACCACGAUACAUCUACUGGGCUGGAAACACUGUUUGACCGUGCUUUUAAUUUGCAGCCCGAUGCUGGCCAAGGACCUACCUGGUCUCAGCAGUCACAGAACCAGGGCUCCACGCAUUCCGAUGAAACACAGAGUCAUCUCUUCUACGGGUGUCUCCGACUAGGUCUGCUAGUCAGCUUCAUCACGGCAUGGACAAUCUCUCAAAAUCACCAGGUUUUGAUUCCAGGAAAUUACGUGGAGAUCGCAGCCCUAGGUGCGGCAAGCCUUGUUGCGGGUUUCGCUUUAAUCACCAUGGUAAAAAGGCCUCUCGGGCAAUGGAAUGGUAUGGAGAUCCUGAUUUCUAUCACCGAACUUGGCGUCGCUGUUCACAUGGGGGCACAUUUGCCCACAGUUUCGCUUAAUCGGGACUACUUCGAUCGUUACGGCAAACUACUCCUGGUUUUCAUGGCGGCACAGGAGACUAUGAAUGUAUUCUCCUUCUACAAUAAGGCCAGGUUAGAAAGCCAGCAGUACUCGGAAUCUGUAUCACCACAGCCGCAACCACAAUCCCCGCACCAGAGUCAAUCGGGUGCCCUUGACUGGCGCGGAAGUCAAUCUUCAACCAUGUCCACACCUGAACCCCGAGUUAGCACUCCGCCUGUGCACCGAUCAUUUGAGUCACAAUCAUCCGCUCCUCCACUUUCAUUUGGCGAUACCGAUGCGGGCUCUAGUUUCUCUUCAGCAUUACCUUCCGUACCGCAGUAUGGGUUCACCUCGACUCGAACUGCGAACUCGUUCUCUGCUGCCAAUCAGAACGUUUUCAACCAAAACAGAAACCCACAUAGUUUCACUAUGGAAUCUCUAAAGCAAAUCGACCCCGUGUCUGAUUAUGAGCGAGACUCAGACAGCGAGACUAUCGCCACAACUACAACGGCCGCCACGAAUUUCACUAACCGCAACAUUCGGUAUGGGAAUAGUAGCGGUCUGGGUUCCAACCCCUUUUACUCACCCCGGCGGACUGGUCUUGGAUCAGGCAUCGGUGGUUUGAGCUUAGAUGAUGAUCCUACUCCUCGCCGCAUGACUCGCAGCCAGACCCAGCGUGGUGGACUGCUUGGUCGGCGUCAGACCAACUACGUCCGAUGA